AUGUAUUUAGGUUCAACAUUAGGAGGAAUAUUUAAUUGUCAGAAAUAGUUAUUUCAUUGUAACUUCUAUAGCCAAAUAUUUUAUUAGUGGGAUAAAUCGAAGAUUUUGAAAGUGGCAGAGUUAGUGUUAUUGACUUAUCUACAAGGAAAGUAAUAAAAUAAUUUACUUAAUAUCCAGAUAUAGAACUAGAAAAUUAUGUUUUAGAACUUAUUAAAGUCAAUUCACUAUCUUUUAUAUGUGGUUUUGGAGACUUAAGAUUGUAUAAGCUAAAUCCUUUUAAAAAUACACUUUUAAAUAAGUAUUCUUUCGAAUGGGAGCUAUUUCACGAUUCCUAAAUUUACAGAAAUAGAUUUUUAUUCCUCAAGGAGAUAGAUUUUAUAUUAAUUUAUGAUCUAACUCAAGACAAAGUUGUUCACUAAAUUAGCAUCUCUUCAUUCUUAACUUAGAGAGUUAUUGGUCUUUAUUUUAUUUAAAAUUCUUUAGUAAUUAUAACAGAUAGAGGGAAAAUAGAUAUUCUAGCUUUAAGUAUUUGAUUAGUAAGAUUAGUUAGUUUUAUAUUUUACAUUUAAAUGCUAUAUAUUUAUAUAAGAGUAUAUUAUAUAAUCCAAAAUUAAUUAAAUUAUAAAAUUUAACUGGAUUUAAUUUCAAAUGUAUUUACUUAAAUAAAUUAAAAAUUUAUCUAUCUAUCUAACUAACUUUAUUCAAAAUACUACUCAAAAUAAAAAUUUUUACAAAAAAAUUAGAGAAAAUACUAAAACCCAUCUUAGUCUUUAUACAAGUAGAAAAAUAAAUAUGUUAAAAAUGAAAGUUUACUGUAUAUAACUAAAUAGAAUUAUUUGA